UCGCUCAAAGCGCCAUCUUUCACCAUAAUGUUUUCACCAAUGACCAACCCUAUCCGUAAAUAAGUGUAUUAAUCUAUAAUAAAAUAUUGCACUUAAUGCAAAAGUUACAGCUGAUGCCUAGCCUAAAAGCCACGUACGCUGUACUCUGCAAAAAUGAGACAGCAUCCAGAGUAGCAGAAGCACGAGAGGGAUGUACAACCCCACGCGUCACUGCCUUCUAAUUAAAACUUCUACUUAUUCUUGUUUAAAUUAUUCAUUAUGGAUGAUCAGAACAGCUCAAAAUCUUUUUUAAAGAAAACAAGUGAUUCUCUGGUUCACGAGACAUCAGAAGAAAACUUGAAUCUAAUGGAUUCACCAAAUACAAUAGUAGAGGUGCAACCUACCUAUUUGUUUACAAACCUUGAUUUAGUUGGGAGCACUGUACCAGAAAGUACCAGUGAUUCUGAAACAAUUGGAAUCGCACAUCAUACCACUACAAAUCCUGUCAUGGAUAGGGGCAGUUUCCCAGAAAAUGCUUGUGCAGCGGGGCCGUCAAGACUUGCAGAAGAGAUCACUGAUUAUUUAUGUAAUAAAGGAAAUGUUAUAGAUUUAUCAACUAUUACUAGUGCGAGAUCUGGAAGACAAAAUUCUUCUACUCAAACAUCUGUUGACCUACCAUUGGAAUGGUCCUUGAGUGAUAGUAGUUCAGAUGAAGAAAAUAAUAUAAAUAGCUCAGAAGUCAAGAUUGAAACAAGUCCUGAGGCACAGACUACCCAAAACGCAGAAGUACAAAAUGUGUCUUCUAUGAACCUGCUGAGUUUCAUUGAUGAUCCAAAUGCUUCUAAUUACUCUCACUUAAAUGAAUCUGCUCUUGGUCUCACAGUCAAUAGACAAGGACAUACUGAUAGAAGUAGUAAUCGGUCCAAUGCACAGCAAUCAACAAGACCAAGACAUUCAGCAAAUUUUUUAGAAGGUCCACGAUUCUAUCGUAUGAAUCCUGUUAUGGAAAGAUUAUGGUUAAAUCAACAACGUACACAAGAAACAAAUAGGUCACAUAUGAGAAGAAAUCUUAUAGCCUUACAUAGAAGACAGCGCAGGAACGCUGAACAAACACAUUUGCCAAUAUCAAAUAAUUCAUCACAAGAGCGUCGUCGAAUAUUAUCUUCAUUUGAGAUACCUGCAAACCGAGAAGAAUUGCUUCAUUCAAGUUCUAGUAGACAUGGAGAGCAAACACAGCAGCAAAGUGAAUCAUCAGGACUAUUACUUUCUGAUUAUACCGAGCUCCCAAUUUCCCGAUUUCUUUCCGAUUAUCAUUCAAGAUUUCAAAAUUUUUCACAAAUUACUGAUAUCAUGUGUUCCAUGUUUUAUAAAGGAGCAACAAAAGAAAGUAUUGAAAAAAAUACAUUCCCAUAUGAAUAUAAAAGGUUGACGCCACACAAAAACGAAAAAGAAAAAAAUGAAAUAGAAAAAUGUACAAUCUGCCUGAGUGAAUAUGAAGAAAAUGAAAAUGUCCGCGUCAUCGGAAACUUCGACGCUCAUUGCAUGAACACUACAAUUAUCCUCGACAACUUGUAUAUAAUGCCCGGCAAUGAUACAAAAGUUGUUAUUGAUACAGCUAACACGGUGUGA